AUGCUGGGCUGGAGGACGCCCGAGGACCGCUCGGACCCCGACGCCUGCACCAUCAGCAAGGACCACGGGUACACCAUCUACUCCACCUUCGGCGCCUUCUACAUCCCGCUUUUCCUCAUGCUGGUGCUCUACGGCCGCAUCUUCAAGGCGGCCCGUUUCAGGAUCCGCAAGACCGUCAAGAAAGCGGAGAAGAAGAAAAUCGCCGACACCUGCCUCACCCUCUCACCAGCCGCCCUGCAGAAGAAAAGCAACGGGGAGCCUGGCAAGGGCUGGCGGCGGACUGUGGAGCCCAACGCCGGUGCCUGUGUCAACGGUGCGGUGCGGCAAGGCGAGGACGGGGCCGCCCUGGAGAUCAUCGAGAUCCAGCGCUGCAACAGCUCCUCCAAGACUCACCUGCCGCUGCCCAGCGAGGCGUGCGGCUCCCCGCCGCCCCCCUCCUUCGAGAGGCGCAACGAGAAGAACACGGAGGCCAAGCGGAGGAUGGCUCUGUCCCGGGAGAGGAAGACUGUCAAGACCCUGGGCAUCAUUAUGGGCACCUUCAUCCUCUGCUGGCUGCCGUUCUUCAUCGUGGCGCUGGUCCUGCCCUUUUGUGACAGUAAGUGCUACAUGCCCAAGUGGCUGGGAGCAGUCAUCAACUGGCUGGGCUACUCCAACUCCCUCCUCAACCCCAUCAUCUAUGCCUAUUUUAACAAAGACUUCCAAAGUGCUUUUAAGAAAAUUAUCAAGUGCAAAUUUUGCAGGCAGUGAAGCCCGCCGCUCCGGGA